AGUUUAGUUUUGAAUAGUAUUAUCCGUGAUGAGUGCUGACGGCGCUUCAAAGGGAGUGCAUAUUUUACUAACAGGCUUCGGCCCUUUCAGCGGCGUUGAGGAAAACCCUACGCAAGCUGUAGCCGAGGCUUUGGAAAAUGCCGAAGACAAACACAUAGGCACGUGCAGCGACUAUGAGGUCUUCAGCUCAGCUGUGGAGGUCUCGGUUGAGGAGUGUGAGCGAGUAUCGAUGGCAAUGAGUAAAAAGGCUGAGGAACUAUCCAAGGCUAGAAAUGUCCUUCUACUGCACAUGGGCGUUGAUGCCCAAUGUGAUCACUUGAAACUAGAACGUACGGCCCAUAACGUGGCCACCUUUCGAGUGCCAGAUGUGCGGGGUGCUCAGCUGAGUGGGCGUGAGAUCUUGCCGGGCCAACCCGAGAAGCUGCAAACCUCAGUGAGUGUAGAGGCGAUCGUUGGGGCUUGUCAAGAACGAGGGUGUCGUGUGGAGGUCUCUGAUGAUGCUGGCCGAUAUCUUUGUAAUUAUAUAUUCUUCCACUCACUUGCCAACAUGGAGGGGCGCGCUCUUUUUCUUCACCUUCCAUCGUUCAGUGUGUUGCCGGAGGAGAAGCAGUGUGCAAUGGUGAAGGAGAUCCUCGACGUUGUCGCUAUACAAUGCGAGAACAGUUUCUGAACAGUUGCAAGUCGUCUC